AAGAAAAUGGAGGCGGCAGUGUUCAUUCUGUCGCUCGUGGACUGCUGUGCCCUGAUUUUCCUCUCGGUUUACUUUAUUAUCACCCUGUCUGAUCUAGAAUGUGACUACAUCAACGCUAGAGCCUGCUGUUCCAAGCUGAACAAAUGGGUAAUUCCGGAGAUGGUCAGCCAGUGUCUCUCCACGAUGCUGAUGUUGGUGUCCAUGCACUGGUUCAUCUUCCUCCUCAACCUGCCUGUAGCAGUCUGGAACAUUUACAGGCACGUGAAGGUUCCGCUGGGAAACAUGGGUGUGUUUGACCCAACUGAGAUCCACAACCGAGGUCAGCUCAAGUCCCACAUGAAGGAGGCCAUGAUCAAACUGGGUUACCACCUGCUCUGCUUCUUCAUCUAUUUGUACAGCAUGAUCUUGGCUCUGAUCAACGACUGAAGCGCUCGGCGAGCUCUCAGAUUCCAAAGCCGUCAAAUUCCAAACGUCAGGUUGUUCUGUUUUACCCCUCACAUCCUCCACUGUAUGCAUCAACUGUUCCAGAACAAGUUUACAGUAUCUGCAGUUGCACUGAGCUUCAUGCUGUCAUCUGUGUUGUCACAAUCCCAGUGUGUUCACUUUGACACGAUAAUAACUUGAUAUUGAACCAUUUAGCACUUCAGUGCCAUCAUUACAAAAUUCUGUUGUUAGGGAAUACGCUCGUCAGUUAAUUUUCUUCAGCUUUUAUCUGCAGCAGUGAAUCAUUUCAACAGAAACAGUCAAACAUUGAUUACAUUGGUUUGAGGACUCUGAACGAUUGGGUAGCCUCUGCAUUUGUCUUUGUGUUGUGUAUGUACUCGUCGGUCUUAUCCAAUGCUUUUGUUGCUCCUGCAUUUCUCUAAACUCCCACAGUUCCAACAUUCUCCCAGUUUACUGUAACACUACGGACUUGAAGCUUGCACAAAAGUUCUGAUCAAAGGUUUUGUGAAAACUCUGUUAUUGUGACAACACGGGCAAUGAUCAAACCGUGGAUUCCUGCCUGAUCCUAUUCUUAGCCUUUCUAUGACCUCCAGCAUCACACUCCAUCACUGAUCACCAACACACCACUAUUCUCCCCACCGACACACACCCACUCACACACAACUCUGGGCAGAGUGAAAGACAAUCACACUAGCCAUGCACUCCUCUUCUGUUGUAUCUGACAAACGUCACAUCUCGGCUGAAUGCUGUCUGAACUGAGAGUGGCAGUUUGGAUUCAACUUCAGUCACGCACCAAAGCAGUAUUUACUGAACAACUUUUAUACUGACAAUGUGACAUUCCGUGGGUGAGCAGGUGUCUCAGUUCUUCACUCGGCUGAUGGGCGUGUGCACUGCUCUGUCAUGACUGUUCUGAACUAUGAGAGGCUGUAGUGUGAGCUACUGGUGCAGGGAUCCUGGGGAACUGCACUUCAAUGACUUCAUGUCUCAUCAAUGUCUUUUUGGGAGGGAAAUUUGUUUCAUAAAUAAACAUUAAAGACAA